CCGCCGCCGCCGCCGCCGCCGCUGCCGCCGCCGCCGCCGCCGCGGGCUUGGUUGGCGUGGAAGGGCCUAGGCCCGGGCCUGCUGUGGUGGGCUCGCCCAGCGCCUGGGGUCGCGGCCUGCAGUGCCCUCAGCUCCGGCUUCGCCCACUUCCCGACCCGGACGGGCUGGGCGCGGGGAAGACCUGCGGGAGCCAUGGAGGACGAGGUGGUCCGUAUUGCCAAGAAGAUGGACAAGAUGGUGCAGAAGAAGAACGCGGUGAGCGCGGCAGGCGACGCGGGCCGGCAGGGAGGCCAGGCGGCCUCGGGCCGGGCCACCGGCGGCUCCCGGGCCCCCCCGCCGGCCCUGCCCGCGCCGAACGCCGGCGUGGGCCGUGCGGGCGCCGGGGAGGGCGUUGGUGCCCCGGGUCGCGGUGCCCCGGGUGUCGUGGGCGCAGCGUGGCCACCCGGCUCGGGGCGUUCCCACUUGGAACUUGCGGGGUCGGUCUACUUGCCGGUGACCCCGCUGCUUUAGCUUGACCGUUGGAGGCUGUAGAAAGCUCUUCACGGUUGAAAGAAUUCACCCUCUUUUCCGUGAUCGCCGGCUAACCACUAGAAAUCACACCACUUAGGGGUUUGUGGUAUGUUUCAGACAUCACGCUGGCUGGAGCAUUGGAUUUACUGAAGGAGCUUAAGAAUAUUCCCAUGACCCUGGAAUUAUUACAGUCCACAAGAAUUGGAAUGUCAGUAAAUGCUAUUCGCAAGCAGAGUACAGAUGAAGAAGUUACAUCUUUAGCAAAGUCUCUCAUCAAAUCCUGGAAAAAAUUGUUAGAUGGACCAUCAACAGAUAAAGACCCUGAAGAAAAGAAAAAAGAUACUGCAAUUACAUCACAGAAUAGCCCUGAAGCAAGAGAAGAAAGUAGUUCCAGUGGCAAUGUAAGCAGCAGAAAGGAUGAGACAAAUGCUCGAGAUACUUAUGUUUCAUCUUUUCCUCGGGCACCAAGCACUUCUGAUUCUGUGCGGUUAAAGUGUAGAGAGAUGCUUGCCGCAGCUCUCCGAACGGGAGAUGACUACGUCGCUAUUGGAGCUGAUGAGGAAGAAUUAGGAUCUCAGAUUGAGGAAGCUAUAUAUCAAGAAAUAAGGAAUACAGAUAUGAAAUACAAAAAUAGAGUACGAAGUAGGAUAUCAAAUCUUAAAGAUGCUAAGAAUCCAAAUUUAAGGAAAAAUGUGCUGUGUGGAAACAUUCCUCCUGACUUAUUCGCUAGAAUGACAGCAGAGGAAAUGGCUAGUGAUGAACUCAAAGAGAUGCGGAAAAACUUGACCAAAGAAGCCAUUAGAGAGCAUCAGAUGGCCAAGACGGGCGGAACCCAGACUGACUUAUUCACAUGUGGCAAAUGUAAAAAGAAGAAUUGUACUUACACACAGGUACAAACUCGUAGUGCUGAUGAACCGAUGACAACGUUUGUUGUCUGCAAUGAAUGUGGAAAUCGAUGGAAGUUCUGUUGAGUUGGAAGAAAUGGCAAAAUGUCUGGACCAUUAAAAAAUGGAUUUUGUAAUUAGCUUUAAAACUAGGCCAAAAAAUAAAAAA